AUGUGGAACAAACUCGCCUUUGUAAACUGCAUCGCGAGUUCUAUGGGCGGCGGAGUUCUCAAAGAUAGUCUUCCGAAUGACCUCAAGCUGUACUGGCAGCAGUAUCCCUGGCGCCUGGGCGAGACCCUGUGCCGCCUGCGAGCGCUGGUGGCCGAAGCUACCUCGUACGCCUCGGUGCUCACCAUCGUGGCGUUCACCGCGGAGCGCUACGUGGCCAUCUACCACCCCCUCUUCCUGCAGACCACGUCCAGCCUCACCAGGGCCGUGCGCAUCAUCGCCAUUAUAUGGGUGGUGUCUCUGGUGAGCGCGGUACCGUUCGCGAUCUACACCCGCGUCAACUUCGUGGACUUCCCCGUGGGCUCAGGGCGCGCCCUGCCGGAGUCGGCCUUCUGCGCGCUGCCCAUGGACACGACGGCCGUGAGCCUGCCGCUGCUCCAGUGCUCCACCUUCGCCUUCUUCUGCCUUCCCAUGACCGUCAUCGUGGUGCUCUACCUCAAGAUCGGGCUCAGGCUCAGGAGGCAGCCCGGGCCAGGACAGUCCAGGAACCAUCGGAGACCCGUCCACAGGAUGCUCGUGGCUGUGGUCAUCGCCUUCUUCGUGUGCUGGGCUCCCUUCCACACCCAGCGCCUUCUCGUGGUCUACGUAAACCCGAGCCAGUGGACCCGAGGGCUUCGGACGCUCAACGAGGUGCUCUACUACACCGCUGGCUGCCUGUACUACUUCAGCGCCACCAUCAACCCAAUCUUGUACUCCCUCAUGUCCGUCAAGUACCGGGAGGCCUUCCGUGACGCUCUGUGUACCCUGUCGAAGACUAAGCAACGGCUCUCGGCCGCAGACUUCGAUCAGGCCGCCACGGUCGUGGUCGUCGGCGCAGGUCCUCACCUCCUCGAUGACUCACGGGUCGCCAAGCUCGGUCCUUACAGUGUUCUCCCACAACAAGACGCAGACACAGUCCCACCGGUCACCGAGGCGCCCACCAUGAAGUAUCUCAUCAUCCAGGCCGUGCUCGGGGUUAAGCCUAACGUGGCCGCCGUGUCGUCUUGCGUCACCAAGGAAGCAGACGACGUGGUUUCUUACGGAGAAGAAAAGAAUGCGAACGAAGUCGUGAGAAUCUCGAAUGAAAACAGCGCCUGCUCCGACGUAAAGAGAGAGGGAGAAACCGCCGUUUAA